AAACAUACGUUUUGGACAAGAGACAGAAAACCUAAUCCAGCCGAACUGCGGAGAUCUCAGACUGGUAAAAUAAAACCUAACCAGACAAACAGUUAAACGCUGUCGCUUCCUUCUUCUCCUCCCUCUUCUUUCUUCAACAACAGACCCUCUCCACGCGAUUCAAAAUCCAAAAUUUUUUCCAUAGAAAAACAAAUUUCUCAGCAACCAAACACCCUCAGAGAAAACCCAGUUCCCCAAAAUGUCCUGCAAAGCUUGUGGGCUCAGAACCCUUAUCAGGGACGAUGCAACAGAGAACAUGAUAUGUGAUUCAUGUGGUACAGUCCAGGAUUUCGCCAACUAUCAAGAACGUACCUUUAACAUUAAUGGGCCAACAGGUGUGUUUAUAAGUAUAGGCUCUUCAGGUUGUGGUAGUGUUUUGAAUUAUAGAGAGAAGAAGAUUUAUGAAGCAAAUAAUUUAAUAGAUGAUAUUGUUUUUAAGGUAGGGUUAACUGGUGGUUCAAAAGUAAGUGAAAUUAGAGAUAUGAUUAGUAAAGUUACUGAUGGGGAGUUUGGUUCAAGUGAGAGUAGAUGGUUUAGUAUUUUUGUUGGUGCUUGUGUUUAUGUUGUAAUGAGGAAUGGUGAUAAAAGCUUGAGCAUUGAGGAGGUGAGUAGUGUUGUUGGGUGUGAUAUUCAUGAAUUGGGGAGGAUGGUCGUGAGGGUUGUUGAGCAUUUGGGGAUGAAGUUGCCAGGUUUUGAUAUAGUGGGCAGUUUUGAGAGGGUGGUUAGGAGUUUGUCGAUUUCGGACAGGGUUGAGGGGGAUGUGUUGGAGAGGAUGAGGAAACAAGGUAUUUUUUUAGUGCAAUGUGCUGUGAAGUGGUUUUUGACUACAGGGAGGAGGCCGUUGCCGGUUGUUGUGGCUGUUUUGGCUUUGGUUGCUGAGUUGAAUGGGGUGGAGGGGGUUAAGAUCGAGGAGGUUGCCAGAGAGGUUCAUGUAGCGGUGUCUACUUGUAGGUUGAGAUACAAGGAAUUGUUGGAGGUGAUUGCUAAGGUAGCGCAAGAGAUUUUGCCAUGGGGGAAGGAUGUAAAUGUGAAGAAUGCAGUGAAGAAUGCGCCAUUUGUGAUUCGAUAUUUGGAGAUGAAAUGUAUGUCGAAGAGUGGUGGGGAAAAAAAGGGUUUGGAGAGUACUGAGUUUGAUUUGGGAGAAGUGGUUGGUGAGUAUUUUAGUAAGAAUGUUGUGGAGGAUAGUUUGGAAUGUGACGAUUUGCGGUAUUUUGAGUUGGAAGAUGCUAUUGGGUUUGAUAAGACUGGCAUUGAUGAGGCGGAUAAGCUUCAGCUUUCACAUGAAUGCUUAUCCAUGGUUUAUGACAAGUUCCUGAUGGAUGGUGGUUGUGGUAGAUAUAUGGAAGAAAGUGGAAAGGUUCUUGGGAGGAAAAGGGAGAGAGAGCUUGAGAUUCAGGCAACAGAAUGGUGGAAUGGAAAAUCAGAGUUGAGCAAGAAGCUUUUGCUAAAACAGUUAUUGGAGAAAGAUAUAGGAUUUAGUGUUAUGCCUCCAUCUUUUGUCAAUGGUUGUACAACAAUUAAGAAGAGGAGAGCAAAGAUAAAUGCUGCAAAGCUGCGGAUUGAUAGGAUUAUGAAUCCAUGGAAUACUGAUUCAGGUAGUGGUAAAGUUUGCACUGUUGAAGGUGCACAUGAUCGGAAGAGGAAAAGAAAAUCACUGGUAAAAGAUAUUGAUUGGGAGGAUUUUGUCAUUGAGACCCUCCUUCUUCAUCAGGUGAAAGAGGAGGAAAUUGAGAAAGGGUAUUACAACACCUUGAUGGACUUGCAUGUUUUCAAUUCUGGUACUAUGUGAGAGCUUACAGCACAGGAACCGAAAAGUAAUUCUGCAAAUUGUCAUGAUCUUUUGCUGGGCAUGAAGGACCACCAUUGCUCUCAGGGGAUACUACCGGGAUAGUGUGUUCCUCUGACUGCUGAUUGGCUUAUUCCUUACCAUUUUGGGACUUCAACUUACAGCUUCAAUUUUUUCCAGUAAUAUUCAGUAUCCUUACUGUUUUAUGGUAAAAAGAAAAAAAAUGGUCUUAUUAAGAAUGAUAUUUGAAAGAUGUUUUUGUAGAAAAGAAGUCUGUUUCCUUAGUUUUCGAUGGAGAAGGUUUCUGACUGUUCCAGACAUAUUUUGGCUUGCAUCUUGCAUCAGUGAAAGCUAUGUCUGCAUGUGUCAGUGGCAUGGUUGGUUCUUCUUUCAAAAUUGCUCUAUAGUAUGGUUCAAGUGCUUUAAUUAAUUUGUGCUGUUUCUGUCUAUCAUGUUGCCUGCUUAAAAAAUUCUCAUUAAUAGUUGUUUGGAAGUAUAUACAUAUGGAUUGCACAGACCUUUACUUAUAUAUUAAGCUGGGGAGGUGAGGUUUUGAAGGAUGCAUUUCCUGGAUUUGUUUCUUGCCUUGCUUCUGGAGUAUGAAGAAAUAGGAUCUAGUGUGAGUUUUGAAUGUUCUUGAAUGGGGGUCUCUUCCAUCAGGUUCCUUCCAACAGAUAGUUUGGAUUUCACUUACACGCCAACAAUCUGUUGUUAACUGAGAUUGCAUUGCAAAAUGGCCCAGCAUCCACAAGAUUAGGCUUUGCAAACUGUGGAGCCCACCUGAGGAGUGCUGGUUGUAAUGGAAUACUUAUAGCUCUUUGAUGGGCAAGCCCAUUCCUUCUGGAAUUGAGGGUGUUCUUGGGAACUGUGAUGGGGGGUUGUGCAUGUUUUCAUCACAAUCUGCCACUAUGGAUUCCAAUUACUUUGAACCGAAAGCUAUCAAAAGGGCCCUGCAAUUGUGGUCUCGUGGCUCACUUGGGAGGGUGAGCACCCUUGGAAAAUGCAGGCUGACUGUAAUGGAAUGUUUUCUUUGGCAACAAAAGUAAAAAAGUUGGUCUUCAAACACACACUACAGGAAGCCAACUCUUUUGCGGACUCCUUGGCCGAACAAGGUGUUAGGACGCAGCUAGAAUUCCCAGCAUGGAUAUAGAGUAUGCUGUUCUGUUCUUGAUCUGCUAGAGCUCUUGAUAUAUGCAAUAUGUUAUUUUUUUGCAUGUUGUGUUCACACUGCAGCUUUGUUUAUGCCCCUGCAACAUGCUGCUGAAGUGUGACUUGGUCCUAGCAACAGAAAGUAGUAGUUAUCCUCUUUAUACUGUGUGACUGGCUGUUGUUGCUUUGAAUUGUUGAUGAUUGGAACUGUUACUUUAACACUGCUAUUUGAAUUUUGAUCCUUCAGCUGGUGUGUCUUGGAAUCAGUCAAACAAGCACAUUGGAGCUGUUUCAAACUGCUAGGAGUGCUGCAUUCUUAGGUUGGAGCAAUAGCUCCUGCUAUUUUUGCUUUUCAAUACUGUUUUGGAUGUUAUUGUGUUAGUUUUCUGCAGAGUUUUAGGUCAUGUUGUAGGCUCAGGCUGUUUCACAUGCUAUUGCUGUAGGCUGUUCAAACUGCAGAGUUUUUUUUUCCUUUUGCUUGCUGUGUUUCUGGUAAUGUUCUGUAAUUUCUUUUGUUGAAUGACAUUUUUGUUUUUGGACACUGAUCUAUUAGCAGAUCACUUCCCUGCUUUGUAAUUUUUUGCAGAUUUGCAGAACUUGUAUCAUUAUCAAGUGUUGGUAUUUUGGCCUACUUGGUGCUUGCUAAUACAAACUGAAAAGGAAGCAGAGUGAAAACCGUGUAACUAUUACAUUUGGAAGGGCAAAAAAGGUUUCCAUACCAGCAGAAUGGAUUGUUAGGAUUUGUUGCACUCAUCCACCCAGACUCUGAAGGAAAUAUUGGCCAAGGGAAACCCUCAUUUUAUCUAUGAUUGAUGCUUGCUUGUUAAGCCAUGCUAGGAGAAAAGGAAAAGUAGCAAUCAAGCUAAGAACUUGAGACUGGUUCCAGAGGCAGUAGAAGCAUUUUGCAAUUGCAACUAGAAUUUGUCAAGCGCAUUAAAGGUAAUUUUGACAACCAACAUGAGCAGCUCUUUUUAUAAGAAUUAUAAUUUGCUUUUAUUGUCUUGUGAAAUACUGUUUUGCAUAGCUCAGCAAUCCAUGGUGAGAGAAUUGCAAAAUUAAGGAAAUAAAAUGCAACAAAAGGAAGCGCUAUAUUUAGGACAUAGAGCUUGAGGAACUCUUGCAGGCAGCUGUUGAAACUACAAAACUCUUAACGUGCAUUACUGACCAGCAGCAAAUGCCUCGACUGGGAAUGUUUUGGUGAUGCCAGCAAGACUCUUGAAGUGAAUUUUGCCAGUUGGUGGGUCAUCAAUGGUUAUCUCAUUUACUGGUGGCCAUAGCAUGAAUUCCUUAGCUUUCACUCCCUUGAGUUUCCUUAUCUGCUUUUUGCUGACAUGACCCUUUAUAUCAGUGUCAUAGCUCACAAUCUUGCUGGCUAUCUUGAAGUUGUGUUCAACCUUCUUCUUUUGGACGAUCCACAUGUAUCCAGUACUCCUAACAAAACCAACUUCUAUCACGUCUGCAAGAGGGAGAAGUCCCAGGGGAAGUCCAAACUCCUCAAGAAGAGAGAUUGCCAUUUUAAGCCCUUCCUGAUGACCCUUUGCGACAACUCCUCCUUCCUUCUCAGCCAUGGAUGAUGGUCUCUCUUUGGUUAGAAUUCACUUUUGAGGCCAAUUUGUUUGAAUGGAGUUGCUUUGAAGGAGUUCUUCUAUUUAAACCCAGUGCUCACAUGCAUAAGACAAACUUAAUGGAGAAACCAAAGUGACUUGCAUUGAAUUAACCACCACCAGAAUUGGUUUUCACUUCAAAAAUUGGCUGUUAUCUUUGUUGCUUAAAUGUUUUUACCGCAUUUAUUUUGUAAUGUUUGUUAUCUGUAACUUGUCCAACCUUGAACAGGAAAAUUAUUCUCCUAUGCAGUCUCAAUAAUGUUGUCUUUCCGCCCUGAACAAAGCAUAAGGGAUCCACUCAACUAUUCUUAAAAUUAAAAUUCUCUGGGUCAAGAAUAUACUCAAGAGUAGGACCAAGAAGUCAGCCACUGUUCAGUAAGUGUGCUGCGUGGCAAAUUGUGGGGCAGUUUCUGCAACUAAUGUUUUCAAGUCUUUUUUUUGCCUGAUUUCUAUUUGCUGUUUCCUGCACUGUAUUUUGUGAUGCUCUUGAGGUUCUCAUUUUAUUUUGUAAAAUAUAAAAUUUGUCUUGCACGGAAGUUGGCUGCUUUGUGACCCGUGAAUUGUAAUACAGCAUUCACUCGUCAACUGGGAAAGAAAACCUGUGGCAGGCCAAGGCCACAGUGGCACGAUGGCAUGCAGAUCCAAUGUUGAGCUUCAUCUGUGGUUGUUACUGUUGGAUUGUUCGAUUGUAAGAAUCAUAUACUACAAAGAAACUCGUCGCCUCUUUGUACAUUGUUUCCUUUUGUACAGGUGUUAAUACAAGAGAAAAGUUCUUUAGCCA